UCAGUAUCAGUCUUCACAAGUGAUCUGACUUGAAAAGUGGCUUUAUUUUCAAAAGAGAACUAGUGAUUUCCAAAGAUGAAGCUACUGAUUGCACUCACUCUGGUGUUACUCGCUGUUGGAGCCUUCUCACAAUGUACAUGUCCUAAUUCGAAGUGGGCUGUUUGUGAUGGCACUCCUUGCCAAUGUACUCUCCUUGUUGGCAGCAAUGACAAACAAGUUGUGGACUGCACCAAAUUGCUCCCCAAAUGCUUCCUGAUGAAGGCCCAGAUGCGGAGGGCCAGGAUGGGUAAUGAUGCGCGCGCUCCUAUUGGUGGCAAACCCAAUGAGACUGCCAUCGUGGACAAUGAUGGCGUGUAUGACCCAGACUGCGAAGCUGACGGCAAGUUCAAGGCCAGACAGUGCAACAACACAGAGGAGUGUUGGUGUGUGAACAGCGCAGGCGUGCGCAGAACCGACAAGGGCGACAAGACCAUCAAGUGCGACGAGGUGGUCGAGACCUACUGGUUGCGUAUGCAGAUGAUCCACAAGCCGCUAACUAAGGCAGUGACUAAGGAAGAGAUAAAGACUGCGAUGGAGAACGCCAUGCUUGCCCGCUACAAGUUGGCCAAGUCUUUUGUGAAGGAUGUUGACUAUGACCCAGAGGGCCGUAUGAUUGUUGUGGAUGUCAAGAAGGACAUUGGGGACCGUAAAGAGGAUCUGACUCGUGUUGGCUGGUACAUGGAGAAGGAUAUCAAGGAGAAGCCACAGUUUGUCGACCAGAGCCCAUUUGAGGCCAUGGUGGCAGGACAGAAGAUGGAGAUGGAGAAGGAGAAAGUUGUGGUCUACUAUGUGGAUGAGAAGGGACCCGAAUUCACCAUGAAGCACCUGACUGGGGGCAUCAUCGCAGUCAUCGUGGUGGUCAUUGUGGCUGUGAUUGCAGGCCUUCUUGCUCUGUUCUUCAUAAGGAGGCAACAGCAGCAGAGGUACAGCAAAGCCCAGGGCAGAGAGAUGGACAACAUGUAAAUGGAUGGCUUUGUGUCUCCGCCAAGACUAUAGGGCUCUCUGAGAAUGUGAGGGAGUGCAUUUUGUGGGGAUGUAGAUGUGCUGUAUUUGUUUUGUUACAAAAAUGGUCUGUUUUUUUUUUAAAUCGGGCAUAUAUGCUCAGUGCCUGUUACAAUGGGUUGAAGCUAAGUACUCAAAAGGAUACGAGUGAGUCAUGACUGUCCAUGCAGUUUUAAACCUCAUUUAGCACAAAUGCACACUUCCCCCACACACACUGCCCCUUAACCCUUCAACCCCUACAUACAGUACACCACUACUGUCUGAAGAACCAGAGCUCUGGGACCCCACGCCUCAAAUGACUCGCCUUUUGUAGAUUUAAAAAUUCUUCACUUUUUAAUACUAUGAUGUUUUUCAUGGUAUACAUUUUAAAACCAUGUGCUGUACAGUGUAUUUAUUUGUUUUGUUUUUUUUAAAUAAAUUGUUCUUGUCGACACAA